AUGGCCAAAAAAAGUGUCUCCACCAGCACGCAGCGCAUGCCCGUGCUGCCCAGCACCUCCAAGCCCAAAAAAUCCACCCCCGCCGCGCCCGCGCGAGAAACAAAGGGCCUCCCUAUCAACAAAGAUGACCUUCCUGAGAACCAGCCGGGCCACCCAAACUUCAACAAGUUGUAUGGGCUGGACUUGGGCGAGCGUGCGGCUCUCAAGAAGGAGAGGAAGGCCGAGCUGCGCGAGCGCGAUGCGAGGAAGGAUCGGGUGACGAGGAAAGGGAGAGAGAGCAAGAAGUUGAAGCAAGGGCUUGGGGACUGGUAG